CUUGUAAAUCAUAACGUCUCGACAGCAGUAUGACAAAAUCAUGACUAAAACAUCCGCAAACUUCGCGAUUUUUUUGCCCAAAGUCAGAUCAAUUGCAAUGAAGUAGGUAAUUGCUCCCAAUUAUGUUUUUGUCGCUCAAUCUAUUAUUCCCUUUAAAAAAACUAUUCAACUGAAACUGUUCUCAUUUUGUUUAUCGGAGCCGAGCGGUUUUCAAUUCAAAAGUCGAACGCAAAAAAGUUUGCAUCCUUCCUGCUUCCGUAUUGGUCGGUUCGGUUUCCCGCGCUUCUGGUUUGCGUAUAAAAGGUGGAACCCAAGGGAUGUCGGUCAGUCGUGGGGUGGCUUCCAUCCCCUACGGUUCUAAAUUCGGAUUGGCGACGGGUAUUUCGAUAGUGAAGAGCUACGAAGAAAUGGAAAGCGUCUUCAGAUAAUCUCUUUAUAAAGUUUAUAAAAAGCAGCCAAUGGAUGCUAGUUAACCCGAAAUACAAUUUAAGUCAAACAAACUAGUUUAAGCCUAAAAAUGUCGCACCAUCUAGUGACAGUGUGCAUGUUCUGUCUCCUCUGCGCAUCCCAUAGCUCUUGCGACAGUCAUGUGAAAAAAAACGAAGACCUACUCCAACCCAAAUUCAUAGACACACUAAAAACCGACCUCAACGACCAUCAGUAUACAGUCGAAAACGUCGUCAAAAGAAGCCCAAGAUAUUACCAGAAGCUCGCCAAAAUCAGAGGCAACAAAGAUGCGAUAGACAGGAGAAAACGGGAGGUUAAAAAUGUGAAUGCGGCAGGGUACAUAGAGAAGAUCUUCAGACUGUACGGUGACAGUGACAGUAUGACGAUGAACUUGACAGGACUUAAUAGGAUGAUUGAGGAUCUGGACCUGCAUAGGCUGGUCGAGGGAGGGGUUCAGAAGACAGAGAGUAAGGGUAUCUACAUGCCAACUGGGAUGAAGGAAGAAACUGCUAAUUGCCUAAGCAGCGAAGAUGUGGUCACCUCAAUAAACUCCCGGCUAAAACCGGACCACAACCACAAUCACGAAGAAAUCGAGGAAGACAAAGAAACAGACUUGAUCACAACACACACACUCCAAGCUAUAUGCCCUUUGCUCCUCUACCAGCGAGUGGCAAACACAUCCUUAGAACGCACUGGAUGCGUCAAAGAAACCAACCUGCCCAUCAGUAGACGAACCGACAUUCGAGACCUAAAACCCUUAGAAAACGCCUACUCCAAAAACAGCUACGCAGUCUGGCUAUACUCGUCCUUAAGUAUAACCGCUAUAAGCGCGUGCGGGUUGCUAGGUGUAGCGGUCAUUCCUAUAAUGCACAAGACGUAUUACAACCAUUUGCUCCAGUUCUUAGUGGCUUUAGCGGUUGGGACUUUGUGUGGUGAUGCCUUGCUUCACCUGAUGCCUCACGCUAUGAGUCCUAUGGAGCACGAACAUGGGGAAGUGGCUGAGCAUGACCACAACGAUGGCAUGUGGAAAGGAUUGGCUGCCAUGCUAGGGGUAGUGUUUUUCUACUUCAUGGAAAAAGGUCUAACAGUUGUGGUCGAAUGGAGGAAGCGUCGCCAAAAGUUGGAGGAUGACAAACUCCCGACCAGGGUUAGGGUGUUGAAGGAUGAGAACCACGGAUGCGGCUCGGGUUCCGAGAAACCGCAGGCAAACAAUUCGUCGUCGACAAACGCUAUGAUGAAGAUAUUCAAGAAGGACGAAAAAAGUGAUCCAACAACUAAAACGUGUAAGCAUAAAUACUCGGAAUACCCUUACUGUUACGACGAGAUAGAGUCAGAUACCCAUGACGAUCACCAUCAUAGGGACGGACAAAUACCGUCAAGUCCCAAAGCUAACAAAAAACAAAAUAACUCAGUGAGUGUGGUGUCAUCGAAUGCCCUCAAUCCUGAUGGUAAGGAAGGAGAGCCGACGGCCAAAGACUGGCUGCUGAAGGCCGAAGCCACGCCAGCGGUCGUCGAGAUGAACAAUAUAAAACACAAGGAGGAUGGCGCGAAGGAUUUGAAAGAUGGCGACAGUUACACUGUCAUUUUGAGGGAGCACUCCCGCACCCACCACGGCCACUCGCACUCGCACGGACACGUGCACGCGCCGCCGUCGUCCAUGUCCUCCGUGGCCUGGAUGGUCAUCAUGGGCGACGGGCUGCACAACUUUACCGACGGGAUGGCUAUAGGUGCGGCCUUCGCGUCCAACAUAGCUGGUGGCUUCUCUACUGCCAUCGCAGUGUUGUGCCACGAACUGCCGCAUGAACUGGGCGACUUCGCCGUCCUGCUCAAAGCGGGCAUGUCAGCCCGCCGCGCCGUCUGGUACAACGUGGUCUCCUCAGCGCUGUGUCUGCUGGGCAUGGUGUGCGGCGUGCUGGCGGGGCACGCGCCCAGCGCCACCCGCUGGCUGUUCGCGGCCGCCGCCGGCAUGUUCCUGUACAUCGCGCUCGUUGAUAUGAUGCCAGAGUUAUCGACAUCGCACAGCAAAGAGGGCACCUUCUGCCAGUGCCUACUGCAGCUCAUGGGGCUGGCCUCAGGCAUCGGAAUAAUGCUGGUCAUCGCCAUGUACGAACACGACCUUAAAAACUUAUUCGGUUAGUCUGUGAACACUGGCAGCUAAUUACCUGGCUGAAAGAACAAGUUUCCAGGCCGUUAAACAAAAUUAAAAAAAGAAACUAAACUUAUCUGUGAACAAAAUGGCGGGAACGAAAAUAGAACUGUCAUUUCUUUUCUACAUCGAAAUAAUUUUGCGCAACUCGUUGUGAAAACUUUGAAGAUAUUUUAAAUUCAGUGUCUAAAUAAAAGUGUGUGAUACCAGUGCUAAAAAAUAUUUAGAAAUUAAAAUUGUACUCUUGUAACCCUUUGAGGGUUUUUUUUUAUAUGAAUAAGGUGAAUUAUCAAAAAUGUGAUGUAUUAAAAAUACGUGUAAAACUUAAAAUGAUACUUUGGCGGUAUAUUUUAUACCGUGUUUAGGUAUUGCUGUAUUUUUUUCUUCUCGAAUAUAAACAAAAACAAAUAAAAUAGGUACUUAAUAAAUAACACAUACAUAUAAAUAACAUACUAGUAAUCAUACUUUAAGCAGGUACGAUUUUGGAUGGCAUGUAAAGAUCUUAGUAGAUUUUUAUAUGAUUGCUACUUACUUAUAUUAAGGAUUAGGAUUUAGUAAAGUCUUCAAAAAAUGAAGCCAAAUUGUUGGUUUCACUUUAAAAAUAUUAAGUCGACAAAUUGAUACAAAAUAAAAACUUAACUUUUAAGGUAUUUUUGUAUGAAAUUGUCGGUUGAUCAAAGUUCCAGCAUAAAAGAUUGUUUUGGUGACUUAAUUAUUGUUCCUAUAUUAUAGUAGUUUUGUUAACUUAAAUUACGAUAAAAUAUACUUGCUUACAUGGUGCAUACUUAAGUUUCUUUAUUUAAUUACUGAAGCAUUUGUUUUUAUUAUUGUCUAUUGAUAAUUGUAUUACACUACAUUACCAAUCAUUAAUUAGUCAUUAAAAACGUUUGAGAAUUAUUACUGUGCCAGCAAAAAGGCUCUGACUCAGCAUUUGUUGUGUAGAAAUUUAUAUAGUGCCGGUAAUUCUGGCAGAACCAUACGAUGGUAUGUUCGGUAAUUUGAA